UGUAAGAGGGGGUAUUAGAUAAAUUCUUGUUUCUUUUGUUUUUUGUUUUUUUUUUUGAAAUUUCGGUAAAAUGAAUACGAAUCCAAUUUGCGAACCGUUUACAAAUUUACCCGUCAGAGUAGAUAUUGAGAAACUGGCAGCCGAAUUUAAGCCCAAGGAUAAGGAAAAAGGUGUCGAGAAAUCGAAAAGUCCACGUGAUUUUCUCAAUAUUCCCGACAAGAAUUGGGUGGUAUUGCCCAUGUUUAAAUAUCAUUUGGAUCAUUUAAAGCCAUUUCUCUCGCUACGCACCAAUCCAUAUAUGCGUUGCCGUUACGUAAAGUUUCUAAACAAUGUGCCUGAGAACUAUGUAAACGUUACUUUAUUCAGUUCAAACAUUGACAAUCAGCCAAAGCCACGAAGAAAAUCGCUUAAUGGACAAUUUUACGGCGUGGACUAUAAAUUGGCGCCAAUACCAGUUUCAGCGGAUCCACGUAGUUACGCGGGCUCAAGAUCGGUCAAAUCAAAACAUACUUCCAAGUAGCCAUUCGAAAAUCUUAAAUUU